AUGACAUUAUUAAUGCUUGAAGCGUUAGAUUUUACAAAAAUAAUUAUAUCAUUUCUUUUAAUAUACAUCGCACAAUUUUAUUACAAAUAUUUUACAAGAUCAAAUCCACUACCAGGUCAAAUUCCCCUUCCUCUGUUCGGAAAUGUAUUGAGCAUUAUAUUACAAGCAAAUGGAGAUCAAGCAGAAUGGCUUAAUAUAUUGAAUAAGAAAUAUGGUGAUGUUUUCGAAACAUAUUCUGGAAAUGAACGUCAAAUUGUAUUUGCCAAAGCUGAAUAUGUCGAAAAAUUGAUGUCACCUUCUACAAACAGUAAUUAUAUAAUGAAAACAGAUGAUUACCCUGCACUUAAAGAAUUAGGAAUGAAAGGAAAAGGGAUUUUUUUGAAUAAUGAUAUUAGUACUUGGAGAUUCAAUAGAAAAUUCUUUACACAGGCAAUUUUGACACCAAGCUUCUCGAAUGAAGUUUUACAUUGGACUCCAAUUCUUUUUAAUGAAUUAAAUGUAUAUUGGAAAGAAAUCGGAAAGAAUGCUCCGAUCGAUUUUGCCGUAUGGAUUCAUAGGUUUACCACGGAAAUUAUUUUUCAAAUGACUGUUGGGUUAAAGGUUAAUUCAAUGGCCACCUAUUUUAAUAAUGUUGAACCGUCAAAGAGAAUACAUAUCGAAUCAAGUCCUGCAGUUGAAAAUAUUGCAAAUUUCGCUGAUGAUAUUGAGAAAGAACUGGAUUGUAUAAAAUUUGUUCUUACGUUUCCCGCUUUAAUUAGACAUACCAUCUUGAAAAAAAAGAAUCAAGCAGUGCUUAAUCAUCGACGUAAAAUUAUUGAAACUAUGAAGAAGAUUAUUGAUUAUCGAAGAAAAGAAAUUGAGGCAACCCCAGUUGAAGAUAAAUUGAGACAUGAUAUGUUAACUUCUUUGAUCACCGCAAAUACCGAACGUGAUAUUAAUAAAUCCAAGUAUAUGGAUGAAGAUCAUUCUAAACCUUUAAAUAAUGAUGAAAUCAGUCAAAAUUUACUUGAAGCUAUUUCUGGAGGAAUUGACACAACUGCAAACUUAUUAUGUUUUGUCGUAUACCAUUUAUGUCAUUAUCCUAACGUUUUGGCUCGUUUGCAAAAGGAACUUGAUUCAAUUUUUGGUUUGGAUCAACGUAUGCCUACAAUGGAAGAUCUCUCAAAGAUGUAUUACACGGAAGCUAUAUUUAAGGAAUGUUCACGUCUCGUAAAUACAGCAAAAAUAACUCUACGCGCUUCCUCUUCGUCGGAUGUAAUCGCAGGCUAUGAAUGGCCCGCAAACACGAAUUUUAUUGCAUAUCUGGAAGGAAUUCAUCUUAAUCCCGUUCAUUGGAAAGAUCCUUAUGAAUUUAAUCCUGAUAGAUUUAUAGGAACUGAACCACAAAAGAAUACAUUUUUGAUGUUUGGAGGUGGAGUAAGGUUAUGUCCAGGAAGAAAAUUAGCUAUUGUCGAAAUGAAAUGUCUAAUCGCUUUAAUAUAUAGAAAUUUAGAUAUCACAUUAGUAGAUAUGAAUGCUCCUUUGAAAUUAAAGCAUACCAUCGUAAACGCGUGUAUUGAAUUACAGAUCAGAGUUAAUCAAAGAUCCAAAUCGUAA